UUCGGCCACAAUGUUUGACCCCGUUUGAAGAAAAAUAGAUUUCUAGUCGUGGGUCUUGGGACUAUAUAAGUAAAUUCCAACACUCUGUUGUUGUGUAUCAGAGCCCCCACCUAGAUCUUUGCUCCUCUCUCUCCGAGCCAAGCUCCAAGCUAAGAUCCCAUGGCACGAUUCCUCGUCUCUGGCUUCGCGAUCGCCUUGCUCCUGGCCGCAGUGGCCAAUGUGUGUAGCGCCAAAUCGGUGAUGGUGGGAGGACGCAACCAGUGGUCAUUGGGGACCAACUAUGCCUCUUGGGCUGCCGGCGCUGGGCCAUUCCGUAUUGGCGACACACUGGUUUUCUCCUACGGCGGUGGAAGGGCCGGCAAGGCAGCGGCGCCCCACAAUGUGUUUCUCAUGAAGGAUCAAGCCCACUACCAGAACUGCGACUUCAGCGGCGCUGUUCUCCUGGCGGAUCCCAGCAAGGGAACGCCGGGUUACAAGUUCACGUUGAAGCAGAAGAAGGCUCACUACUUCGCGUGCGGCGUGGGCAACGGAUUCCACUGCCAAAGCGGUAUGAAAUUCGCCGUGAGCCCGCGCUGAAAGGAUCUGUUUUUGAUCCAGCGAGGGAAGAUGCAAUGCCAUCUCUAACAAUCUCACCCAUAUAUCAAUACAAGUUGUAGAAGCUCUUUCAUCCCUUUUCA